AUGUUUGCUCGUAAAACUUCCAAUCUAAGGCCAGGGCCGAGCGUGUGGGCGGAGUCUCUGGACGCAGUCAAUUUGUCAGCGGUGUCAGGAGGAGACACAACUCUGCCUUGCGACACUCUCUCUCCACAACCGCCUGAUGCACUGCUACUCGUCGUGUGGUAUAAAAACAGCAUACCAAUAUACAGCUACGACGGGCGUGUAAAAGGGCCUUCUGCACACUGGGCGGAUGAAACGCUCGUGGGUCGUGCAAAGUGGCACCUUUCACAGCACUCUGUACUUCGCAUCCAAAAUAUCGUUCCCGCAGAUCAGGCUCUUUAUCGCUGCAGAGUUGACUUCAAAGUAUCUCCAACAAGAAACUAUAAGUACAUGCUACACGUGAUCGAACUUCCAGAAAAACCAAAAAUAUAUGAUGAAAAGGAUAUAGAAGUUAUAGGAUCGGCCGGACCAUACGUAGAAGAUUCAAGUCUCAAACUUAACUGUAUUGUAAGCGGAGGUAGACCGAUGCCACGCAUACGAUGGUGGAAAAAGGACAAAGUUCUCGCUCAACUGGAUCCAGUCAAGGAUGAUACACGGCUCAGUCUCCUGGAACUAAGGAUUCCCUCUCUAAAGAGGGAUCACUUCGAAGCGGUUUACAGUUGUACAGCGGAUAAUACUCCAAUAGUGUCGCCUUUACGAGUCAACGUGCAAAUACAAUUGUACUGUUAUAAGAACGAACUGAGUACAAGCAAAUUUGAAGGAACGAAUGGCUUUGAUAAUUGGAUGCUCAAUGCCUCAGAGAUUUCUGACAGUAGUGUUGAAAAUAACUUGCUUAUUUUUGCCUUGAGGCCAUUAUCAGUUGAAAUUUUGGAAAGAGAGCAACCUUUGUCUGUGGGCCAAGAAACUGAUAUCGCUUGUAAAGCAGUUGGUUCUAGACCACCUGCAACCAUUACUUGGUGGCUUGUUGAUAAAAAGAUGGUUGUGAAUACUCCACAAACGAACUCAGAAGACCGUAAUGAGACGAUAUCGUUCCUACGUUGGACUCCGCGAAUGGAACACAACGGCCGAGUACUCACCUGCAGGGCAUCUCAUCCAAUACUAGAAUAUGCUACGUUGGAAACUACUAUCACACUUGAUUUGCACUAUGUUCCCAUCGUCGAACUACAAUUAGGUUCUAACUUGAACCCUAAUGAUAUUGAAGAGGGUGAUGAUGUUUACUUCGAAUGCAUCGUGCGAGCAAAUCCGCCAUCGUACAAAGUUGUUUGGGAGCACAAUGGUCAGGUAAUGAUACACAACCAACGUGCUGGAGUAAUAGCUGGGUCGGCGCACCUCGCUCUACAGGGAGUGUCGCGGGAUCAGGCCGGACAGUAUGUCUGCGUUGCUAGCAACGUGGAAGGGGAUGGCCGAUCACUUCCUGUGUCUCUUCAAGUUAUUUAUAAACCUAUAUGCAAGAACGCAAUGACAGCAAUUUUAGGCAUAGCUGUCAAUGAAGCAGCUAGAGUCUCCUGUGAAGUCGAUGCCUUCCCACUGCCAAAGAACUUUCAAUGGACACUCAAUAACACUUUGGGAACUACUGAGUUAGAUACGGGAAAGUUCACGAUAGAAAAAUCGGGACGUUCUAUACUCACGUACAUACCAACUUCUGACAUGGACUACGGGUCGUUGGUUUGUCGAGCUACAAACUUGGUUGGACAACAAAUAGAGCCUUGCAGAUACACCCUACUACCGGCCGUCAAGCCUGACCCGCCUGCUAACUGUUCGACCUUGAACUUGACUGGUGACUCAGCCGAAGUAAAAUGUGUUGCUGGCUAUGAUGGAGGUCUUCAAACUACGUAUUUUAUGGAAGCAUGGGAAGCGGAUGAAUUAAUAGCAAAUGUGUCAACAAUACUUCCCGUUUGGAAGUUACAAGGGCUUCGAUUUCGGAAGGCAUUACAACUCGUCUUUUACGCUAACAAUGCAAGGGGGAGAUCUGAAAUAACUACACUUAGAGUACACACUUUGUCAAGAUUAGCUAUAUAUACAGAAGCGAAGAACAAUUAUAUGAUAAUUGACACGAACUGGGCCCUGGUCAUUGUAGCUGGUGCAUUGGGUACGCUUGCCGCUGUAGCUGUAAUUACCGUCUUGGCUCGAAGGCGACAGAGGCCUUUGGAAUAUGAUGUUCCAUUACAAACUGUGAAGGCUUAUAAGGGUGCAAUGCAUAGCUCCAACCAUUCACCUAUACAAGACGACAAGAACCCAGACGUUGUACCACUGGGAACAGAUGAGUACUUCAAUUAUACCAGAGAUUCUGAGCUCUCUCCGAAACCGCCACCUUACGGGAUAGCUGUUUCGAAUAUUCAACCGGUGGGUGCGUCCAAAAGUGCUUACAGUCUCCACGAUCGAGUUAACACAGAGCAUACUCAUAAUAUGCCGAGAUCAGAGGAACAGAGCAUCAGUACACUGAGUGAAGAUCGGAGGCGUCUGACAAGUGGAACACUAUCACGACGUAGGGAGGUCGUCACGACUAGGACCACACUUUUAACUAACGCCAGAGAAAGUUGCGUGUAA